AUGAAGGAGAUCAUCACGCUCUGCGUCGGCCAGUGCGGCAACCAGAUCGGCUCCGAGUUCUGGAAGCAGAUCACGGCCGAGCAUGGGAUAAGACCGAACGGCGUGCCGGAGGACUUCGCGUUGGAAGGGGAUGACCGGAAGGACGUCUUCUUCUACGAGGCGGAUGAUGCCCGAUUCGUUCCUCGAGCGUUGUUGCUGGAUUUGGAACCGCGCGUCGUGAACAAUAUUCAAAAUAGCCAGCACCGGGACCUGUUCAACCCCGAGAACAUAUUUGUGAGCAAGGAGGGCGGCGGCGCGGGCAACAACUGGGCUUCUGGGCAUAGACAAGCGGAAGAAAACGCGGAAUUACUGGCGGACAUGCUAGACAGGGAGGCCGACAACUCUGAUUCACUAGAGGGCUUCGUCCUGACCCACUCGAUAGCAGGAGGUACGGGCAGCGGCAUGGGGUCCUACAUCCUCGAGCAUCUGAACGACCACUUUCCGAAGAAAUUGGUCUCUACUUAUUCCGUCUUCCCGAACUGGGAAGAAGAUCAGAGCGACGUGGUGGUACAACCGUACAACUCGAUCCUAACUCUUAAAAGAUUAGCGGUGAACGCCGAUUGCGUCGUGGUGUUGGACAAUACGGCAUUGAACAGGAUCGCGGUGGACCGGCUACGGAUCCCGAACCCGAGCGUGCACCACGUCAACUCGCUGGUGUCGACGGUCAUGGCCGCGUCUACCACAACACUGAGAUAUCCUGGGUAUACGAACAACGACCUGGUCGGUCUCGUGGCUUCUCUGGUACCGACGCCGCGGUGCCACUUCCUCAUGACGGGCUACACGCCUCUCACCAUCUCCGCCGAUGAGUUGGCACGAGGCGACGCCUCCAAGCCUCCGACACAACUACCUGGUUCGGAACCGGCGGGCAAGGACGAGCGCAUGGUGCACACGUCGACGGUCCGUUUGCGGCGUCUGCUAUUUGUGACGUGUCGCCUCGAUGGCGUACGAGCUGUGACGCCAUCGCCGCGACACGCGCGCAAACACGCCUCCCAACGCAGGACCCGCGCGAACGGCCGCCGCCGCCGCCCGCGGGGGCCGUCCGGAAGACUUCUGUGUUGGACGUCAUGCGUAGACUAACCCAAGCGAAGAACAUCAUGGUCUCGGCCAAUACGAGGAAGGGCUGUUACUUAUCUCUGUUAAAUAUCAUCCAGGGCGACGUCGACCCGACGCAAGUGCACAAAGCACUCCAACGAGUUAGAGAGAGACGCUUAGUAAGUUUCAUACCGUGGGGGCCGGCGACCUUCAACGUCGCGCUGUCCCGCAAAAGUCCAUAUGUCGAGACGAAGCACAAAGUCUCUGGAUUGUUACUGGCGAACCAUACGUGUGUUUCCCAGUUGUUUGCGAAGACGCUGACGGCGUAUGAUCGAAUCAGGAAGCGCAAUGCUUUCGUGGAGAACUACCGGAGGGAGCCGAUGUUCGCCGAUUCCUUAGACGAGUUCGACGAUUCGCGAGAUGUGGUCCAGUCGCUGCGGGACGAGUACAUCGCGGCCGAAUCCCCGGACUACGUCGAGUGGGGCGUGGGCGAGGAAGACGACGCGGGCGGGCUGCUGGACGACGGCGGCGGCGCGUUCGCGUCGGACGCGUGA